AUGGCGGGAAACAACUACAGCGACGACUUAGUCUACAAUAGCAGGCCUUAUCACGCCCUUUAUAUCUCUGACGAUGAGGGAGAGGAUGACGAUAUUUGCGUCUGGCCCGAAAUGUCUGAUUAUGAUAGUGUCGACGAGCCAUUGGGUGGGCAUUUUCGACAAUUGGAAAUUGAUACCAAAGGACAACAGCCUCAGAACACCAAGGAGCCUCCACUUACCCAUGAUAAUCCCCCUGAGCAGGCAGAGAGCACGGAGAGCAUCGAGGCUCGAGAGGAAAUCGAAAUCCCCAAGACAACGCCAGCCAACACAUCAGUAAAAAGGGCCAAGCAGCCCUCAAGCCAAGUUUGUGCAGGGGGUAUCUCGUCCAGCGAAAUCGAUCCCAAGACAGGCAAGUUGACCGAAGAAGCCUUCCGCGAGCGAGAGAUUCAGUACGCGCUCUCCACCGCACGGAGGAGUCUAACGCACAUGUCGCAAUUCGUGCUCAAGCUCGAGGCCCGCGCAGGCAAGACCACAAAAGAAGGGAUACGGCAAACGCUCGACGCGACCGUGUCAGACAUGCAGUACGACUUCAGCGCGCGCGAAAGCGAUUACAAGACCGAGAUCGAAGCGAUCAAGGACUUGUCGAACGAGCUGUAUCACAGGCUGUACCUCGUCGACAAGCAUUGGCGACGCAUCGCGCGGGACGCGCGCAAGGCUGGGGAACAGGGUUCUGGCAUAAGAAUAUUAAGCGAUACGGCCGUGAAAGAAUGGAUCAGAAGAGAAUUCCACGCCAACUAUCUCGCCGCGGAAGAAACAUGUUUCUACACGGUGCAGGAUCUAGUAUCUCAUCGAUCCUUCUCAGAUUGGGUGUUCUACUUGCGCGAUCUGUGUGGAUUUAAAGAUCACCCGCACGAUGAGCAGAAAUUAGUCGAGCUGGCGUGGCGGUUUCUAGAUCGUAAUCUUCGCGGUAGUAGGCCGGUGAAUCCGACGAGCGUGAGGCAGUUUAUCGCCGAGCUGGAUGAGAAGUGUCGGAGUGGCGUGUGGGAUGGGGUUAAGGAGAACCCGAAGAAGCAGGAGAUGGAUGAUAAGGAUGCGUGGAGGUUGAUGAGGAGGUAUUGGUCGUCGAGGAUGGCGCCUAGUUAGAUGGAGUGUUGGAUUGCUGUCUGUUGUCUUUUCUUAAGAUAUAAGCAGCCUUUUUGUUGUUGUUUUUUUGGUAGAGAAUGUUUAUUUGAUAUACCCAAUUGCAAUGUAAUGUGUCAUGAGAAUGUGCGUUGUUGAAUAGAAAAACCCCCUGGAUCUGCCUUU